CUUACAACCAAACAUAUUUUGCAAAAUCAAACGCAGAGAGGAGAGACAAACGGCUUUCCCACCCACAAGAUGUCUCCAUCAGCAGUUUCGUCAGACCCUCAGAGCUCAUCUGCUCACCAACAAGACCCUGCAUCACUCAAAGGCGGCAUCGUAUCUCUCGCCUCUGACGCACACCAUGCGCACGAGGAAUAUCAAUAUCUGGACUUGAUCCGCAACAUUCUCGACAACGGCGAGCAUCGUCCUGACCGGACCGGAACAGGAACAUACUCCCUCUUUGCCCCUCCUCCGCUGCGCUUCUCCCUGUCCAAACCCUCCGCCUCUUCCUCUUCAACCUCGUCUACAUCAGAUCCCUCUACUACAUCUACAUCUACUGCGCAGCCCUCCCAGUCUUCUUCCUCGCCCAGAGAUGCAGCCUCCGACACCGAUGCGCAAUCCUACACGCCAAUCCUCCCCCUCCUGACCACCAAACGCGUCUUUCUCCGCGCCGUCAUCGCUGAACUCCUCUGGUUCGUGUCCGGCUGCACAUCCUCCGUGCCACUCUCGGAGCAAGGGAUCCGGAUCUGGGACGGCAACGGGAGCCGCGAAUUUCUCGACAGCGUGGGGCUUUCGCACCGCGAAGUCGGCGACCUGGGUCCCGUAUAUGGCUUCCAAUGGCGCCAUUUUGGCGCCGAAUACGUCGACGCACGCGCCGAUUAUACGGGCCAGGGCGUCGACCAGCUCGCAGAAGUAAUUGACAAGUUAAAGAAUCGGCCGUAUGACCGUCGGAUCAUCCUAAGCGCGUGGAACCCCGCGGAUAUCAAAAAGAUGGCGCUCCCUCCUUGCCAUAUGUUUGCGCAGUUUUAUGUCUCGUUUCCGUCGAAACGACCUGCCGCGGGUGCUCGGCGGAGACAGACUGCAACAACUACGUCAGCUGAUGUAACUCGAGUUUCAACGGAAACUGCACACCAAUUACCACAGCAGCAGCAGCAGCAGCAUCAUCAUCAUCAUCCAGCCGAGACGCCGACUCCAGGUUCAGGAACGAGCACGCCUGUGCCUGUGCCGGUGCCGGUGCCGCAGACCCAGGAUGAGCCCUCAAAGACGGCUCAAGAGUCUCAGAAUCGAAAAGAAGAACGCGGCGUGCUUCAUUGCCAAUUAUACCAGCGCUCGUGCGACAUGGGUCUCGGCGUUCCCUUCAACAUUGCUUCGUACGCGCUGCUCACGCACAUGCUUGCCCACGUGUGCGAUCUGGUUCCCGGCACGUUUACACACACAAUGGGCGAUGCGCACGUGUAUCUCGACCAUGUUGACGCGCUGACGGAGCAGCUCCAGCGAGACCCGCGCGAGUUCCCGACGCUCGACAUCAAGCGUGAAAAGGGAGGUAGUAUUGAUGGGUGGCGAGUAGAAGAUUUUGAAGUCAAGGGGUAUUCGCCGCAUAAAGGUAUUGCUAUGAAGAUGUCUGUUUAAAGCUAUGCUCCCUCCCGGUU